AUGAGAAUAUCCCACUGUAAGCUGACGGUGUCAGCGUUCCUGGGCCUCGUCCAAUGGGUCUACUGCGACAAGGUCGAGUUUAAGCUCGACCUGACAUGGGAGAAGCAUGAGGUUGCUGGAAUAACCAAGAAUACGAUCCUGACGAACGGCCAGUUUCCUGGUCCGACGUUGAGGAUGAACCAGGGUGAUGAUGUUAGUAUUGUUGUUAACAAUACGAUGCCUUUUGCGACGAGUAUUCAUUGGCACGGUAUCCAACAACAAGGCACCCCCUGGUCCGACGGCGUCCCCGGUCUCACGCAAAAAUCCAUCAAGUCCGGCGAGCAAUUCACGUAUUCCUGGAGGGCCGACGACUAUGGCGCAUACCUGUACCACUCUCAUCACUCCGCGCAGUUGGAUGACGGGCUUUACGGCGCCAUCUACGUCGAUCCGAAGCCCUCGUUGGAGAGACCGUUCACCAAGAUUUCCCUCGAUCCCGAACAGAUCCAGGCGUUGAGACGCGCGGAAAGAAACACCCAUCCCAUUAUCCUGUCCGACUGGCGGACUUUCACCUCGGAUGAAAUCAUCAAGAUCGAGGAAGACUCGGGCGUGGAGAACUACUGUGCCAGCUCCAUCUUGUUGAAUGGGAAGGGCUCCGUGAUUUGCCCGUCCCAGGAACAUAUCAAUGACCUCACUCGAUCGGAGUUGAAGCAGGUGCUCAACGGGAGGAAUAUGACUGAUAUGGGUUGCAUGCCACCCACCCCCUCUCGUCUGGGCUUUUUCCCGUUCAACGCAACCAACAUCCCUACGGGCUAUUACCAAGGCUGCAAACCCACCCAAGGUGAAAAGGAGGUUCUGCAUGUCAACCCGAUCUGGAAAUGGGUCAGCUACGACGUGAGCAGCAUGGCCGGAAGCAGCGAGUUCGUCUUCUCGAUCGACGAACACCCGAUGUACAUCUACGCCGUGGACGGGCGGUACGUCGAACCGACCCUUGUCUCAGCCCUAACGGUACACAUCGGCACCCGGUAUUCCAUUAUGGUGAAGCUGGACAAGCCCGCAGGAAACUACACUAUCCGGGCAGCCAACAGCUACACGAACCAGAUCAUCAACGGCACGGCAAUCCUCAACUACGACCCGCCCUUCGAGCAAUUCCGACCAUCGAAGCCGUACAUCACGGAAAUCGGCACCAGCGUCACCAGCAACACAACCUUCCUCACCGAAUCCAACCUGAUCCCCUUCCCCUCAGUGAAACCCUCACAGGACGUAUCCCAAACCCACAUCCUGAACCUCCACCUCCACAACUCAUCCUACAUGUGGGAACUCAGCAACACCACCUACCCAAUGUCGAUCCAGGAACUGCCGGUCCCCGCCCUCUUCAACCGCAGCGCCAUCCCCCCCGAAAACACCAUCUCCACGCUCAACGGCACCUGGGUCGAUCUCAUCGUCAACGUGACGGGCGGACAGCCUCAACACCCGCUCCACAAACACUCGAACAAGUUCUUCGUCAUCGGCUCCGGCACCUCGGAGUGGAAGUACGCCUCCGUCGCGGAAGCGGUCGAAGACAUCCCCGGUAACUUCAACCUCGUCAACCCCCAGUACCGAGAUACCUAUCCCACCCCGACCUCCCGAGGCGGCCCGAGCUGGCUGGCCCUGCGGUACUUUGUACAGAACCCCGGCCCGUUUUUCUUUCAUUGUCACGUUAUGAUGCACGAGUAUGGCGGGCUGGGCGUGGCGUUGCUCGAUGGAGUGGAUGCCUGGCCGGUCGUGCCGCUGGAAUAUCAGCUUUAA